AGCGCGCUGCCGAGCCGCUGAUCUCCGCAGCGUAGAAGAAGACAAGCAGGCGAAACACGCCGUACGAGUUUACUGUCAACUGGGGGGGAAAACUAUCUACUUAAACAAUGAAAACAUCAAAACAGCUGAAACAGAAGAUGAACGAGAAACAUUCCAGUAAAAAGAAGUUAAAGAAAAAUGAUGACCCUGCAUCAGAUGAUCACCUCCAGCAGAUUCCCCGUCGAUUGCGUGAAAUCAUGGAGAGUAUGAAAGAGGGUCCCCAAAAGAGGAAAAGAGCCUUUAAGCCGAAGGUGGACUCGGGAGAUAUUCCUAUCCCACACUUCGGCCGAGGGCGACGGGAGACGGAGAAGCAUUAUGUGCAGCGCAUGAAUAACGAGAGCAUGCACGUCCUCUUCCUCACGAACAACCAGGUGGAUCGACAGCCGGAGGUCGAGCUUAAGAAAGAGACUGAGCAGAAUAAAUCUGUCAAGAAAAAUAGACUCCAUAAAGGCAAACUUCUGCAGCAGAAAAAGAAGCUAAACCAGCAAGAGGAUCGUGUGGAGGAGGAGAUGUUUAAAGAUGAGGUACCGUUUGGAGAAGUUGCCAUGGCGCCUCCAUCACUGAGUGUUAAACCAAGGAAAGCCAUAGAUAAACCCCAGGGGGCUACCAAAGGUCUUCUACUGAACUCCCUCCUGGGUCACAGUCCUGUGUCGGUCGGAAAACCCUCAAUGGCGAGGAAGAGGAUAAUGGAGGAAGAGCGUGAGAGAGUGGUGCAACUGUACAGACAGAUGAAGCAGAAGCAGAGAGACAAACACGAGCAGGACAAGGCUGCCAAGACCUCCACAUGAUGCUCUGCUCUCUGUAUUAUAUAGUAUUAUAUUAUAUCUCAAUGUAUAAUUCAUUUUUCUGUACAUUUUUGCUACCUCUGCUGGUCGACAAUACAAGUGAUUGAUUUUAUGAUUAAAUAUUAACAAGUGGAUGUAGCAGGACUGUGUAAAAGGCAAAAAAAUAAAUGUUCACACUUUUAUAUAAUGCA